UAUCAACUAGGCAGGUUCCCUACGAGGAAGUGCGACAAAUAUUCUUGCUGCUUUGUUACAGAGCUGGAGGACAUUUCUGUCAUUUGAGAAUAAACCCUCCAGAAUGGCUUGCGGUGGGUUCAUUUGCUCAAAAAACUCUCUUUGUGCAUUGAACCUUCUUUAUAUGCUGGUGAGUCUGCUCACAAUUGCCCUGGCAGCCUGGGGCAAAUGGUUCGGCUUGGUCUCCAGCUUCCCUGUAGUAGCUGCUAUCAUUGGGGUCGGUGUCUUCCUCUUCAUCGUGGCAACCGUGGGUCUCUGUGGAGCUUUAAAACAUCACCAAGUCCUCUUAUUUUUUUACAUGCUCAUCCUUUUCAUGGUAUUCAUAGUGCAAUUCUCUGUGUCAUGCGCAUGCUUGGCAGUCAAAAAGGAACAACAGAUGAAGAUUCUGGAGAUAGGAUGGAACAAGUCCAAAGCCAUGCAAACAGGUUUGGAGGAGACACUAAACUGCUGUGACUUUGCCCAAGUCAACUACAACAGAACAUGCGAAGCUGUUUGUUUCAGAAGUCAGCAGUGUGAACCGUGCUCAGUCAAACUCCAGGCCCACGUUGAGGAUGCACUGAACGUAGUUGGAGGGGUCAGUUUAUUCUUCAGUUUCACAGAGAUUCUGGGUGUAUGGCUAUCAUACAGAUAUAGGAAUCAAAAGGAUCCUCGCUCAAAUCCUGGCACUGUACAGUCUGACAGAGGAACACCAAUCUCCACCAGAUCCUUCUUAUCCAUCUAUAAGAUGAAACCAAAGAAAAAUGGCAAAUAAAUAAUGGAAAGAGAGGACAACAUUUUGUGUUUAAACAUCUCUCAAUUAUUAAUUGUAAGUCUGCUAAGUGCAAAUGUAAAUAUAUGUAAAUGUAA